AUGCAGGUCCCGCAGGCAGAAAAAAAGGUGGGAGGACAGCGUCGCCGUGCAUCGACCUCCAUGCUCACACGGGGCCGCGGCAACCUACCAGUCUAUCUUCCCGCUCGCCCGCACGCCCGCUCGCUCGCAACUCCGUCCAAGUCCUCGGACUUGGCCAUCCGUCUUGCUACGGUAUCCGUACCGUCUCGUCUGUCCACCUUUGCCCAUCCCUGGUCGUCGUUGCAGCUCCUGCUCAUCGUGCUGCUACUCUGGCAAGCCACGCUCUAUCUCCGUAGUUGCUGUUCGUACACCGCUCUUGCACGACCUGGAACGAGCUCGAGACUCUCCGUCGCGUGGCAGCAUCACUGCAGCUCCGGCUUCAGCUUUGCAUGA